GAUUGUCAUCGAUAAAUUUCAGCAAGCGUCACGAAUUUCAUUCUUUUGUUGUUUUCUUUCGUCAAUUACGAGUGGAGCUGUGAAUUUUUGGUGUUAAUCUUCAUUUUGGCGAAAAGGAAAGCAAUAAAAUAGAUAAUUAAUUACGCCAAAAUAUGAAAAACAUUACGACGAAGCCGACGAUUGAAGGAAACAACAAGUAAAGAGUUUUGGUGUGGCGAGGAAGAAGAAAACUGGAAAGGAAACAGGGCAGCAGCAUCGCAAAAAACGGGAAAGAGUGUUUGGUGAAAAGCUUAAGGCCUUAGAUCGUCAUCAUUUGGUCUGGAGUAGCAGUCAAAGGGAACUUCAAUUGAAUUAUAUUUUGGAAUUAAUUUGUGUUUGAACACCUGGCGAUUUUGGAAAACCCACUUUGACCUCCGCACACACACACACACUCAGCACACUUGCUUGCCUCGCUUCCCAUAAUAUUUGCAACAUACACACACACGCCGCGCCGCACUGCACUGCACCGCAGCCUGACAGACUGAUACCAUGACUGAUUACAGUGAUUUGGAUCGCCAAAUUGAACAGCUAAAACGCUGUGAAAUAAUCAAAGAAAACGAAGUCAAAGCCUUGUGUGCCAAGGCCCGUGAAAUCCUCGUAGAGGAGGGUAAUGUCCAACGUGUCGAUUCACCGGUUACCGUUUGCGGCGACAUCCACGGUCAGUUCUAUGACCUCAAGGAGCUGUUCAAAGUUGGCGGUGAUGUUCCCGAAAAGAAUUAUCUCUUUAUGGGCGAUUUUGUCGAUCGUGGCUACUACAGUGUGGAAACCUUUCUACUGCUUUUGGCGCUCAAGGUACGCUAUCCCGAUCGCAUAACACUGAUACGUGGUAAUCAUGAAUCUCGUCAAAUUACCCAAGUCUAUGGUUUCUACGAUGAAUGUCUGCGCAAAUAUGGCUCGACCGCAGUGUGGCGUUAUUGUACGGAAAUCUUUGAUUAUCUCUCGCUCUCGGCCAUCAUUGAUGGCAAAAUAUUUUGUGUCCACGGUGGCCUAUCACCAUCCAUACAGUAUUUAGAUCAAAUUCGUACCAUAGAUCGUAAGCAGGAAGUGCCGCAUGAUGGUCCCAUGUGUGAUUUACUGUGGUCAGAUCCCGAGGAUCAAACUGGUUGGGGUGUAUCACCCCGUGGAGCGGGUUAUCUGUUUGGCGCCGAUGUUGUAAUGCAAUUUACGCGCACCAAUGACAUCGAUAUGAUCUGUCGUGCCCAUCAAUUGGUUAUGGAGGGUUUCAAAUGGCAUUUUGGCGAGGCGGUACUUACGGUGUGGUCAGCACCGAAUUACUGUUACAGGUGUGGCAAUGUGGCAGCUAUAUUGGAACUAAACGAGUACCUGCAUCGUGAUUUUGUUAUAUUCGAAGCAGCGCCCCAAGAAAGUCGAGGUAUACCAUCGAAAAAGCCUCAGGCGGACUAUUUCCUUUAAAAGUAAAACAAAAGAAAAAAAUAUCACAGCAACAACAAUGCCACCCUCAAAACCCCCUUCUAGACUACAACAACUACUCACUACUAUAAAUCAUCAAGAUAAGCUGCAGUCCCACACACACACAUCAAGAAAGCAACAAAAUUCAAUAUAAAAUGUUGAAGAACUACAAUAAAACGACAAAAAAAAAAUAAAACAAAAAUAAAAAAAAUUGCAAAAAAACAAACCAACCAACCAUUUAAACAAUCAACGUUUUGCCCCCAAAUCCGAUUUGUUUAUUUACACACCAAGCUUCACCCAAACUUAUUUAUAGUUAUGACUUUUCUAACUUGGCCUUAAGGCAUGGAUACAAAAAAUUAAAUUUGGGAGAUGUUAAAUCAUUAAAAAAAAGAAAACAACAGAGAUCGACAGACAGAUAUACAUACAUAUAUAUACUUAAAUGUUAGUUAUAGUAAUCUAAGUAUUAAGCUAGUAAAACAACAAAAAGAAAAACAUCUCCAUUUUAUAUUUAAAGAAAAAAAAAAAAACAAAAACAGAAAAUUUAUAAAAAAAAAAAUAAACGAACAAAAAUGAUUAUAAAAAUUAAUAGAUUUAUACAAACACCAAUUUCUUCUGCAAACCAGUCCUUACUUUGAAUAUAGACUUUUUAUUUUGAUUUACGAUUAGCUUAUGUUGCAAGACUUCACACAUCUAACAACAUAAUCGUUAUCUUAUUUUUUUAUUUAAAUAAAUUUAAUUUUUUUAACUUUUUUUCUUUGAUUUUUUUCUCAUCAUGAUUUUGAAAAAAGAAAUACACCAUUUAAACAACAGCAACUCAAUAAACAAAUGAUCACCUAAAAAAUCACAAUUAAUUGUUUUCGAAAA